CCUCCCCUCUCUCUCUCUCUCUUUCACUUGUGGUGAAGUAAUUUCAGAGAGCGUGUUUGUUCUUUUUAAGCUGGCACUCCCUGAGAGCAGACUCUGUACUCUGUUGUAAAGGGGAAGAGAGGAACUCUUUCACACCAGCUCACAGAAACACAGGUCCAAAGCCACCUGAACUCAUCUCAACAACUACAGCUGCUCCCAACUAAACACUGUAAGUACAUGCCUGACUACUUCUUAACACCUUUGUCUCUGUCAGGCUCUACCUGUUAUUCAUACUGUUGAAUUUCCAGGGCCAAGUUUUCAAAAGUUAUCUAUCUGGAUUUCGACUAUCGGAGAGGAUGAAAUGUAUAGAAAUAUACAUUUAAUUAAUAGAGAGGAUGAAUCAUUGACUUGAAUGGGGACUCUAAUUCUAUUAAUUUCUUUGCAUUUAAUCCUAUCCGAUAGUCAAUCUGGAUAGAUACUUUUUGAAAAACUGAGCCCUGGUGUGUCAGACAGUGUCAAAAUGGUGUCUAGUAGUUUCUCUGGCAUGCUUGGUAAGUUGCUACUGACAGUGUUCUAUUGAUUUGGAAAGUCUCUUAUAGGAUUUCAUGGAUGAGAGUCAGGGCGAAAAGGGUGUAGACAUACUCACAUGGGGGAAAAUCUGACCUAAUCUAUUUUAUAUUCAGUCUCUUGAUUACACACACAUGUCUCCCGAGUGGCACGAGUGGUCUAAGGCACUGCAUCGCAGUGCUAGCUGUGCCACUAGAGAUCCUGGUUCGAAUCCAGGCUCUGUCGUAGCUGACCGCGACCGGGAGACUCAUGGGGCGGCGCACAAUUGGCCCAGCAUCGUCCAGGUUAGGGGAGGGAAUGGCCGGCAGGGAUGUAGCUCAGUUGGUAGAGCAUGGCGUUUGCAACGCCAGGGUUGUGGGUUCGAUUCCCACGGGGGCCCAGUAUGAAUAAAAAAAAAAAAAAAAAGGUAUGCACUCACUAACUGUAAGUUGCUCUGGAUAAAAGCGUCUGCUAAAAUGACUAAAAAAAAUAAUUUAAAAAAUAACACACACACACUGAACACACACACUCUGCCCUCUCACACUCAGUCACUGCAUAGCAUGUAUCUAAUUAAUUAAUUGCAUAACAUGUUAUGAAGCCUCAAUGAAUGAUGCUGUGGUUUUCCUCUCAGUUCCUGUGUCUAAAAGUCUCUCUGUAAGGCUCUGUUCUCUCUUCACUGCCCAGAGAGGCUUUAUCAGAUGGAUCCUGUUCACUAUCAGAUCCUACUUCUUAUCAAGUCCUGCUCUCAGCACUCUCUCUCACACACACUGGCUACACCCCUGUUUAAAACAGCUAGCUGCAUGAAAGACACAUUCAUAAAAGAAUAUAGGGGGUCUUUCUUUCCCAUGAUGUAUGUGCUGUAUCUUUGAGAUGGAGAUAGAGGUAUCUCAACAUGCGGUCAGAGAGUGUUAUGUAAUACAUGGUGCCUCCUCAUUCCCUGUCCAUCCUCUGGUACCAGUCUUCAGUGCAGCUGUGGUGUCAGAAUGUGUAUAUGUGAGGGAUUAUGUGAACUAUGCUGGUAUGUCCAGGGGUCAAUAUAUAACAGUGGAUGUUUUAGUGGACGCCCUGACAAACACUGUGACAACAUUUACAUGGACAAGUUUCUUUCGGAACACUGCAUGAUGGAUCUUUUGUGAAGUAACCCCAGUAGUUUUCACAGUCUGUUUCACAUCCCUGAAAUAAUGUAAUCUGUAACAGUAAAAAUUUAGCAAUGUAUUAGUGAAGACACAGAGUACAUAUUGGGUAAUAGGAAGUCAAGAUGGCUUUAAAGGCUGAUUAAGGGCAGACUGUUGUUUAGAGAGAUCUGGUCUGGGCCUGUGGCAGCAGGCCUGGCCCUCAGAAGAGCAGCUGUCAGGAGCCAACAGGUCUAUCCUGCCCCAAUCUUUCCCGUCCAUGCGCAUCGAGCAGGUUCACUUCUAUAAAUAUCUGGGUUUUUGGAUUGACAAUAAUUUGACGUUUAAAAAACAUACGGAGCUAGUUAAGAAGCUGAGAUUUAAAGUAGGCUUAUUUUAUAGAAAUAGAUCAUGCCUCUUCCUAAAUAGCAGGAAGCAGAUUGUACAGUCGACUUUCCUUCCAGUUCUUGACUAUGGUGACACCAUUUACCAGAUUGCAGCAGCCACUGCUCUUAAACCUUUGGAUGCCAUCUACCAUAGCGCCCUUUGAUUUAUCACAGGUGACAGUUUUAAUACGCAUCACUGCAUCCUGUAUCAAACGGUUGGCUGGUCCUCAUUAAUGUCCAGUAGAUCACUUCACUACUCCCUUUUUAUUUACAAAGCUCUACUACAACUGUUUGGAUUUAAUGAAAAUAAUUGUAUUUGUGGUAUUUGAAGCUGAAGUGUUGAUUCUGUAACUUGUAGUUUAUGUCAUUUUUAUUCCUCAGGGCACCAUUGUAAAUGAGACCCUGGUCUUAAUGGGUUUAAUAAAACAUUUAAAUACAAUAGCAGACUAUGCUUAGCCCCCCUCCUCUCCUUCCUCUGUUCCAUUCCUGGGGAAAAGGGCAGUAAACAGAUCUAUAAACUCUCAAUCACACAUGGAUGUAUUCAGGUUCUGUGACACAGCACACAGACAGGUUUAACCCAAUACUUUUCACACAGUUUAUCGAGCCUUUUAGACACUUGAUUUAAGGCUAGAGUGAGGUUUGGAAAGGUUAGGGUAAUAUAGGUAGUGAUCUUAUGGCCCCUGCCCCUUGCUGACCCAUAACAGUCCUCAUGAGCCAAUCAAGAGCCUCCAUGUUCAGAUAAGGCCUGAUCCAGCCAGUGAUGUGUCUCUGUAUUGAGGGGGGAUCCUCUCUGGGCAUGCUAAAACAGUGCUCAGAGGCAGAUCCUCAGAUUGUGAAACAGCCCUUCAGAUUGGUUAGAGCAGAAUCUGGUAUUUAUGAUGGUAUUUACAAGGGUUGUUGUUACAAACUGUUUCUGGUUGUGACAUAGGGGAGAGUGGGGUAGGUUGAGCCAUUUUUUACAUUCAGCAUCACUCCGUCAAGGGAAAUAUAAUAUUUUUUCUAAAAAAGAUAUCUACAUAUAUUUCAGGACGUUCUGUAUGCCUAGAAAUAAUGAGAAUUCAUGUAAACAUUACAGUUUUGAAAACAUAGCUUGUCCCAAAAAAGUGGUCUCUUGGCACAACUUACCCCGGGUAUGGGGUAAGGCUAGGCCCUGUUGUUACCUCAUUGCCCAGCGAUAAUGCCUUGCAUUACACCUGGGAAAAAAACACUUCAAUUUGCCAUUGGCUCAACCAUUGCUCAACUUACCCCAUAGCCAUUGUCUCAACUUAUCCCAAGGCAAACAUUUUGACUAUAUUAACCCAUAGAGCUACAAGGAUGCACUUUCAUGCUAUGUUUAGUACCUCAUAUUGACGCUUAUAGAGACACCAACUGAUAUAUAGAACAAUCUUAAAAUGAUCUACUUUGGUUUAGAUACAAGCAUCAUGAAACCUCUAACACAAUAAAUUCAUUUGACUUGAAAAUCUGUUUUUUUGGACCUAACUUGCUUUUUCCAUUUGGUUUCUUCCUUCACAUACUCCAUGAAAUGAUGACCUCUUCCUAAAUAUUUGGUCAAAUUAUUAAUUUUGUGUUUGAUUUCCUAGAAACAAGGGUGGCUCAACUUACCUCUUUGGCUCAACUUACCCCAUUCACUCCUACAGUAACUUGGCUGACAGAUAGAGAACAAUGGGUCCCUCCUCCACAUCCCAUAUAACAUAUGUAGUAAAAACUGUAGUCUGCUCUGCUGUGCUCUGCUCUGGGUGAGGAGAGAUACUGACAUGGAACUAUGAGGUAUUACAGUAGCUCUAAUAGCUCUGGUCUGGGUGUCAUUAGCUACUGGAUGAUGCAUUAGGAUUAGGAAGUAAUGCUUUCUCUGUGUUAGAGCUGACCAACAUAAACAAGUGCUAACAACUGACACAAACAUGGCAGUGCACGCAACCACGCAUAUUGAGUAACAUUGACAGAAAUCCUCUGUUGAGAAAGAAUCGAUAUACGUGUGGCCCGUCCAUAACAGAAUUAUAACACAAUGGAUUGCACAAAUACAAUGCAAGCAUGGCCAAUCUGAAUCGCCAUCUUUUGUGUGUGUGUGUAUGUGUGUGUAUGUGUGUGUGUGUGUGUGUGUGUGUGUGUGUGUGUGUGUGUGUGUGUGUGUGUGUGUGUGUGUGUGUGUGUGUGUGUGUGUGUGUGUGUGUGUGUGUGUGUGUGUGUGUGUGUGUGUGUGUGUGUGUGUGUGUGUGUGUGGGUGUCGCGCGCAAGGUUGGGGAGUAACUGAUUACAUGUAAUCUGAUUAUACUUUUGAAAAACUCGAUCAUGAUUACUUCUUGGAUGACUUUUCCAUUCAGAAAGGAUGUUUGCGAAAAAAAUACAUUAUGACUCCUUUCUGUUUUCUCAAUGACAUUCAAUUCAGCAUUGAAAAAAGUUGCAAGUUUAAUUUUGUUACACCUGAGCGAGUCUGACCACAAGUCAGAGACCACUAUGAUGACACACCAAAUGCAUUUGAUGGAUCCUUUUGUCUUCUUCUAAUGCCUCUUAAAGGGAAAGUAACUGGACGUAAUCAGAUUAUGUUACUGAGUUUGGGUAAUCCAAAAAUUACAUUACUGAUUACAACACAGACAUUGACACAUGCACACAAGCAGUGCCUCCACCUCCUUUCCAAACACAUUAGAAGCCACAAGACUUGAUACGGGACAUUUAAUACUAUUGCAAUAGCAUGAAUCAAUGUGGAUUUAUAACUGAUACCUGAAUGUUGACUUUUGAGGCAUGCAUAAAGAGAAAGUAAAGAGGAGAGGAGCAUGUUGCUGUUAAUUCUAGCUCCUACUGAUAAAAUAUUUUCUUACUCACCAUGCAGCAACAUGAGUAACCUUCUGAGCAAUGUCCAGAUAGUCACUAUGCCAUACUUUGACUCAUACAGUAAGAUCAUAAGGUAAUUUCUGUUGUAGACAUUUAUCCCAACAAUCUCAUCUAGCUAGCAUAAUGCCCUGUGCAUUUACAUACAUUGCACAGUAUACACUGGGCCAUAGGGUUUGUCACUUGCAGGGGACUUUGAUGGGCUCUAAUACACAGAAGAGUGUGAGCAGGUCUAUGAAAGUUUACUCUAACAGCUACCUCAGUGAGAGAGGAAGGACGUGACAGAUGGGAGGACUGAGCCAAACAGGAUGUAGACAGCAGGGUGUGGCCGGGGAGGAGGACAGGAAGCAGCUAGAAGUCAAUGAGAGCAGCAGGCUCACAGAGAGAUGACAUUAACCUUUGACCCCCAGCUCUGAGAGGUUCUGUGAGAGUUAUGGUUCAAGAUCACAGCACAGGUGCUGAGACUUUUUGAUUAUACAGUCCAAGAAUUGAGUCUAAAUCUGAAGUCUCCAUCUGGUGGUCCAUUUGUCCAUUUGCAUGCUCUGGUCUACAUGUGCCCCCCUGGCAUAGUAUUCUUCAAGUUGGGAGGCAUUUAGGCUCUCUGUUAUGAGUUCUGAACCCCAAACCCCAAACCCCGACCUCAAGAUCAGAUCAGAGUUCAGAUCUAUAUCAUAGGACUGCAGUCACAUUUGCGGACCUACUGUACUUGUGUUGACUCAUGGCCAGUUUGGAGGGUUUGGGCAGGCCAGGGACAUGAAUGUGAGCGCUGUUCCGUCUAUUAAGUGGGUCUGUUGAGCCAAGACAAAAGGAGAAAGAGUUAAACUGCCACUGUUACACAUAUAGAAAAACUAUCAAAGUAUUCAUGGAAUUCUCAAUGUGAGGAAGUGGCUCUUCACCUACAGACAUUCGGGUUCAUCAUUUUUACUCAAAGUAUAGAUUUCUUUCAAGGUUUAUUUAAGCCCAGUAGUGCUUUGUGUAUUUAUUAAUUCAAUCAGCCCAAUUCUGAUCUUUUUUCCACUAAGCUGCGUUUACACAGGCAGCCCAAUUUUGACCAAUCACAUCAGAUAUUUGUCAGAGCUGAUCUGAUUGGUCAAAAGCCCAAUAUGUGAAAAACAUAUCAGAAUUGGGCUGCCUGUGUAAAUGCAGCCUAAUUGGUCUUUUGACUAAUCACAUCAGAUAAUUUCACAUCAGAUCUUUUUAGAGCUGAUCUGAUUGGUCAAAAGACCAAUUAGGCUGCAUUUACACAGGCAGCCCAAUUCUGAUAUGUUUUUCACUUUAUGGAUGAUCAGAAUCCACUUUGUGGAUGAUAGUGAGACAUGGAACAGGUCUGUGUGAUGAGCAUUUAGUGGAGGAAACGGUGGAGCAUGUGUUGAUAUUUUGUGAGCUGUAUGAUGUAGAUAGGGAGAGAUUGUGUAAAAGGGUUAAAGAAGCUGGACAGGGUUUGGGUGGUGUAGUGGGGGGAGGGAAGUGGUGUCUAGUGCUCUGUUUUACUUUCUUAGAGGAACAGGACUAAUGAAGAUAAUUUAAUGUUGGUAUGUCGUGACUGGCCUCACACUCCAGUACCGUAGGUGGCAGUGUAUGCACCUUAAAAGUUGAAUGCGAUCUGCCAACCCAAUUCCAAAGAAGAAAAGAUCAGAAUUGCGCUGCCUGUGUAAACUCAGCCCAACAGUUCUAAGUUUACUUAUCCACCAUCUCAAACCUCUAUGGCAAAUUGUGUUGAUGUGGGGUGUAUUCAUUAUGUCAAUUCUGUAGCAAAACAUUUCUUGAACGGAAGCAAACGGAACUAAACUGGGCGGGACCUACCUGAAUUUGUCCAUUAGAAACUCUUGGACUAAUGAUUACACCAGUAUUUAAUUGUUUCUUUGUUUCUAUUAGCCGAACUCCAAUGAUAUGGCUAAUUGACACAGCUGAUUUUAACCCUGGUAAUUAGGUCACCUAUCAUUUUAAAUAGGUGUGCCCAAAUGUUUGUCAGUUGGAUGUCUUUUAACCUAGGUGAGCCACAGUUUUAAACUGCCAAUAUAGUUAAGGAUAAAAUAAAUAUGAUACCUUUGAAUUGUUUUUUAAUCUUUGUUUUUAAAGCCUUAAGGGUAAGGCCAGCUCUUUCACUCUGUCUUCUAUACUUUGCCUUUACCUUAUAGGUUAGCUUCUAUGUAACUUAAGUGUAUAGAUGGUCAAUACCAUAUGCAACAGAACAAACCAAUGUUUGCCUGCCUUAUCUGAAAUGAUAUCUCUCUCCCUGUAGGAACAACAAUGGCAAACAAAGGUCCCUCCUACGGUCUGAGCCGUGAGGUGCAGAGUAAGAUCGAUAAAAAGUAUGACCAGGAUCUGGAGGAGAGGUUGACUGAGUGGAUCAUUGCCCAGUGUGGCGCUGGAGUGGGCCAACCUGAGGCAGGCAAGACCGGCUGGCAGAACUGGCUCAAGGACGGAUGUGUGAGUGCCUGUCCUUCUCACACCUCAUGUCUGUGUGAAUGUAGAGUGUCUUUAAAUUAGUGUACCAGUCUUGCACAGGUAGUACAUUUCUCACCCCUAUCCCUCUCUCCAGGUGCUGUGUGAACUGAUCAACAGCCUGUCCAGUGGGAACAAGCCCAUCAGGAAGAUCCAGAGUUCAGGCAUGGCCUUCAAACAGAUGGAGCAGAUCUCCCAGUUCCUCAAUGCAGCUGAGAAGUACGGCAUCACCAAGACUGACAUGUUCCAGACAGUUGACCUCUGGGAGGGUAUGUCCAGCCAGCUGCUAUCAGCUGUACCCCCUCCCUCCACAUUACAUGUCAUACACAUCACUUCUAUUCGCAGCUCAACUAGCAUGCUAUACAGAUGGAUACAAGGUUUUAAAUGAUAUUGUUGCUUAGUCACCCUGUCUAGUCACUCCAGCUACAUUCACUGUUUUAUACUAUACAGUAGUUUAACUUAAUAAACAUGUCUGGAUGUGCAGUAUCAAUGUCUAUUGUCUGUAGGGAAAGACCUGGCUGCUGUCCAGAGGACCCUGAUGGCCUUGGGAAGCAUGGCUGUCACCAGGGACGAUGGGACUUACCACGGCGACCCCAACUGGUUCCAUAAGUGAGUUGGCGCCUCAUUCUGUGUCCUUUCCUCUGUUAAAAACAGUACUGUCAUUAUGGCUCUCUGCGUAUUCCCAUUUUGGUAAUAAAGGCCAACAUUUGAUUAAAAUAUGUAGUGAAGGACAUUACUUUGUCUGUGCAGGAAGUCAGUGGAGAACAGACGUGAGUUCUCUGAGGACCAGCUGAAUGAGGGAAAGAGUGUCAUCGGCCUGCAGAUGGGCACCAACAAGGGGGCAUCUCAGGCUGGCAUGACUGGGUACGGGCGACCUAGGCAGAUCCUGAACAACAACCCUUAAAACCAUGACAAUGCUCCGUCACCCUAGACCUGAGUAUACUCCCUUUCUCGGCCCAUCACUGAAGACUGAGACGCUAUGUCUGUUAACUUGAACAAACGGGACCGACCCGAACUUCAAGACCAAACUGGACCAAAACUGGGACCAAAAACUCUCAAACACACACUGCAUAGAUGCACACAAUCAACACAUUCACACAACACAAAAACAUGGUGUCCAAAGUCUGUACAAUCAUGUUUUAUUAAACAUUUUGUACGAUGGACACGGUUACAUAGGAAUGGGAAAAUGUCCAUAUAUACUGCACUCUGUUUAGUAAUGAGUGAAAGUUGAAAUAAGAUGUUGCUAGAAUAUGCUGUUAAUGGGAAAGAUGCAGUAAGAUGUCAAUUCUAAUCAAGAUGUUGGAC